GCGUGGAUGAUCAGCUACCAUCAUCAGUCUUUUAAACAAAAGUUCAAGAAGGUUUCACAGCAACUUUACUGUAGACUACUUCCCCGACCGCUGACAUGUCUGCAAUUAAUAGCUGGUGGAUUCCAUGCAUUGUUUUACUUCAUUCCGCUUAUUUGGGAUCUUGUGAUUCAGACUCUGGAAUAGAUGGAACCCAGCCUGAGCUCUUCAUUUUCCACCAGUCGUGCGCCCUGAAGAAGGACGAAGGGCCCUGCAAGGCAUUAAAGGAGCGUUUCUACUUCGACAUUGACACGGGCCGCUGUGAGGCCUUCGAGUUUGGCGGCUGCAGAGGCAACGCCAACAAUUUUGAGACCUUGGAGGCAUGUGAGAAAAUGUGCCUGGUGUCUGUUGACAAGAGUCCCUGUCACCUGGAGGAGGCUCCUGGGCCAUGUCGAGGUCUGGUAACUCGCUACUUAUUUGACAACCAGAGCCAGGAGUGCAAGCACUUCUACUAUGGAGGCUGCUUCGGCAAUGCCAACAACUUCAAGAGUAUGAAAGAGUGCCAGGCUAGAUGCCAGAACCCAGAAACCCCCACUGUGGCCCUUAAAUUGGAUGUGGCCCCUAAAUUGGAGGUCGCCGUCCCAGAAGCCCAUAGCCAGCCUAGUGUGCAGUCUCUCAAAGUAACUGACUUCAAUCCUCCGGACUUGUGUCUCAGUCCCAUUGACAAGGGCACAACAUGUGAUGGAGAGGAGAGAACUGAGAGGAGAUACGUGUACAACCCCAAGACAAAGAGGUGUCAGUCGUUGCGCUACAAUGGCUGCGGGGGCAACAAGAACAACUUUGUCCACAAGAGACACUGCAUGAAGAUGUGUAUGAAGCCAGAUCACCAUCACAAAGGGAAGGUCAUUCGUAUAAAGAAGAAGAACAGCAACAUCUUGUUUCGAUCUGUCUAAAUCAAGGCUUCAUAUUAAACCCUUCCUACUUCUCAUUAAACCCUUCCUACUUCCUAUUAAACCCUUCCUACUUCCUAUUAAACCCUUCCUACUUCUCAUUAAACCCUUCCUACUUCAUAUUAAACCCUUCCUACUUCCUAUUAAACCCUUCCUACUUCUCAUUAAACCCUUCCUACUUCAUAUUAAACCUUUCCUACUUCCUAUUAAACCCUUCCUACUUCCUAUUAAUAUGAAACCCUUCCUACUUCCUAUUAAACCCUUCCUACUUCCUAUUAAUAUUAAACCGUUCCUACUUCUCAGUAAACCCUUUCCUACUUC